UAAAUUAAUUAUAUACUUUUUAAUAAUCUUUAAAUAAUAACAUUUUAAUUAUCUGAUUGUUAUAUUAACAUUGUAAUAUUAUUAUUGGACUAACUGUUUUGUUAAGCUCAGCUAAACAAUAUACACAAUACAAAUCCUCUGUGAGCAAUGAGUCAGCAUGUUUUCACACGCGGAGCUUUGCAAGCUGGAGACUGUAGUCAUGUUCAGUCGAGGGACACCUGCUCUAAGGAUUAUAUCACAAACGAGGAAAACCACGUAUCCCAGCAUGACCUUCUCUGCCUGCUUAUGUACCCAAUGGUUGCUCGGUGCGCCUAAUCAGUGACCAAUAGGAGGGUAAUCUUUUAAUUCUUACAGUUGAAAACUAUGAAAUCAGUUUUAUAAUCAAAAAUUAAUUUAGCAGUCAAGGCUAGGUUUAGCGUUUUUCCGUGCAGUAGGCUAAAAUUGUAUUUGGAUCAACAACUGGACGUCCCAUCACCUGGCACAGUUUUCAGGUUUUGAUCAUCACACAGGUAAUAUUUCUCAAUGUAUUAUCACAACGUUCCUUCUUGUUAUUUCUGAGGCAUUGAUCUCUACGAAGAUUGUUCUCAGAAUUGAAUGAUCUGUUUCAUUCUAAACCAAAGCUGCUUAUUGCCUGAACAUAGUUUGCCUGAAUGUAAUAAUAAUGUAUUAUUAUGUAGUAUUAUAGCUCACUGUUUGUUGUAGGUUUACAGCUUUUCACCUGCAUCUCGACAUGCUGUCGGGUGUGCGGCACUUUUUGCCUUCGGCACUGUCCGGUUCGUUGUGCCGCGACUGUCUCAGCCGCGCACGUUGCUUGCCGUCCCGAAGCUUUAGUUGGACGCCGAGACAAAUGAGCAGAUGGAACAGUCAGGAGUGCAGCGAGCCUCUGGAGGACAACCCGAGGGUCCUCAUUACAGGUGGUCUUGGACAGUUAGGUGUGGGGCUUGCCCAAAUGUUGAGGAAACAAUAUGGAAGAGAUAACGUUAUCCUCUCAGAUAUCAAGAAGCCUCCAUCAGAGGUGUUCAGUAGUGGUCCAUUUGUGUAUGCCGAUGUGCUGGACUACAAGAGCCUACGGGAGCUGAUUGUCAACAAUCGCAUCACCUGGAUGGUGCAUUACAGCGCCCUGCUGAGUGCCGUUGGCGAGGCCAACGUCGCCUUGGCACGCAAGAUCAACAUCACAGGCCUUCACAAUGUGCUGGAUCUGGCUCUGGAGAACUGCUUACGUCUCUUUGUGCCCAGCACCAUCGGAGCCUUUGGUCCUUCCUCUCCCCGUGACCCCGCACCUGACCUGUGUGUCCAGAGGCCUCGCACCAUCUAUGGGGUGUCCAAAGUGCAUGGAGAACUAAUGGGGGAGUACCUCCACCAUAAAUAUGGACUGGACUUCCGUUGCCUACGCUACCCUGGUGUGAUCUCAGCUACCACACAGCCUGGUGGAGGAACAACAGACUAUGCUGUUCAGAUCUUCCACGACGCCAUCAGCAGUGGACAUCACGAGUGCUACUUGCGUCCCGACACCCGCCUCCCCAUGAUGCACAUUGCCGACUGCCACCGCGCCACAGUAGAGUUCAUGCAGGCCCCGAAGUCUCAGCUAUCGCUGCGCACCUACAACAUUGAUGCCAUGAGCUUCACCCCAGAGGAGGUGGCACAGGAGAUCCGCAAGCACCUGCCACACCUAAAGGUCACCUACAACCCUGACUCUAUCCGCCAGACCAUCGCUGACAGCUGGCCAGUGAGAUUUGACGAUUCCAAUGCUCGGAGAGAUUGGGGUUGGAAACCAGACUACGGUCUUGAAGAGCUGGUGAUAGAUAUGAUCAAAUCCAUCCGCGACAAGAGGGCCAAUGAAGGACUACCAGUCAGCUAGCACAGCCUUUUCCACUGAGACUGUGCUACCAGUACACUUCCCCUUCAAGUCCUCAUCAGUGUGGGUUUGCACUAUACAGAAAAACCUCUUCGACCUCGGACUUGUUUCCCAACUAGGACUCAUCUGCAAGUAAACCAAAAAGCUGUUUAGAAACCUUGAAUCUUAAGCCAGAGGCACGCAACCUGUAUCACAACACCGGACACUGACAAGCUGAUAUCCAACCUGCCAGAUGUAUUCAUGAACUUGGAAUACUUGGAACACACCAGGCUCCAAAUAUACAGGCAGCAAACAGCUUCUUACUUGCAUGCCUUAAUCGUAUUCAGGGAAUCACACUGUUAACCAUUCUCUUUUCUUGUGAAUAUCUUCAUUUUUUUUUGUUUUAAUUGUGAUAAAAAAGGGUAUGAGAUUCAUAGAAGCUUAGAAAAACAUUUAGUAUAGGGGUAUUUUAGAGGUGUCUGGGGUUGGGUGCACAGUGAUGGUAUAAUGGAACAUCACAGAGUGAUGUUACACUGUAAAAAUACACUGUAGUUGUGCUAAAUGGGGACACACCAGUGAGAAACAUUUUACAAUAUAGAUGAAACAUUUUCAGAAAGCUACCAAGGUUCAAAAUGCCUGCAUUCACAUGUAACUUCAACAGUACAUCUACACAUUCAAACAUUUCUUUUACCAGCAUUGUGUGAUUUGGAGUACAAAUUCAAGCAAAGCCUUAUUUUCAAAUGUUAAAACUGUUAAUUUCUGACAUUUGUGAGUAAUUCAUAAAAAUUGCAGUGUACUUUAAAUCAGAAAAUAA